AAUAAACGAAUAUUGCUUGAUGUCGUUAUAUCAAACACUGGUUUCAAACGUUUCAAAGCAGUGCAACAAGCUGUAAACCUUAAAUAGAGUUUUUAGAGUGGGUCGUUGCGGUCGUUGCUGACGUCAACGUUACGCUUUGUUUCAACUGCAACAUCAGGAACAUGCAACCGUGAUCAGACGGAUCAGACCAGCACUGAUCAGAGUCAGACUAUCAGACUGAUCUGACUUUCAGCUGAGCGUACGGGUGUACAUUCGCUGCAUCUCGUGACUGUGUCACCGUGUUUAAAGAAGCCUUCGAUUUGUGUGUUCCCAGGGUGGUGGACGCGUGGUUCCUCGCUGCGUUCUUUCGGUGUCCGCCUUUCUCCUGCUUUUCUGCACUUAGAAGUUGCCAAAAUGAUGGCCGCAAGGGGAAAACUUAUUGCUAUCAUAGGCGAUGAGGACACCUGCGUUGGCUUUCUUCUUGGAGGCAUAGGAGAAAUUAACAAGCAGAGACAGCCAAAUUUCAAGGUGGUGGACAAAAACACGAGCGUGUCGGAAAUCGAGGAGUGCUUCAAGAACUUCGUCAAAAGAGGCGAUGUGGACAUUAUUCUCAUCAACCAGAAUAUAGCAGAAAUGAUAAGGCACGUCAUCGAUAGCCACACAGUGUCAAUCCCUGCAGUGCUUGAGAUUCCAUCAAAGGACCAGCCUUACGAUCCUAACAAGGAUUCUAUCCUGCGGCGAGCGAAGGGUCUCUUUUCUACCGAAGACUACAAAUAAGACCGACAACCUCCAGCUGCAACUUGGCGAUGCCCCAGCUCAGUCAAAACUGCAUUCCAAGAACUGCCCCUGCCAACCCAUGCCCCGCUGGUGUGAUUGUUGUAUGUAUUUAGCAGGAAUUGGGGCCUGUGAAACAGAUGUAUAUUAUUGUCUGUAAAUGUCGCAAAAGCACCACCUGUUUUCUCUUUAUUCAUGUUUUCAGUAAACAUUUCAGGAAGCUCUUAUAUGAAGCAAAUCUCGUAGAACUGUUAGGAAUGGCCCCAAGCUGCCAAUACAAGUGUUUGUAGGGAGCAUGUCACAGUCACAAAGUGUGUCCGAGGAAACAACUUAAUGUACAAGACAGGACAAAACAACAGUAUUUAUGAAAGUAUCAAGCAUCAAAACCAGAAGAAUGUUCGCAAUUACUUCGUGAUUCGCUGGUGUUGUUUUGAAGUAAUAUGUGCUGCUGCAUUAUUUCUUAUUACAAAGAUUAUGUACAGUUGAUAAAAAUAUAACAAGUAUAGGAGUUUUGACAAUGCAGCUAAGUGAUCUGCAGGAAGGAAACUGCCUGCAUGAGAUCCAGCUCUUGCAAUAAAACAUGCGAACUAGUUUCACA